AUGCCAAGCGCCGGGCGGCGGCGCCCCCGUUCUCGCGGUGGCGUGUCCCUGUGGGUGCUGCAGCAGCAUCACCCGGCCUUGCGUAUCUACAGCGUCUUGUGAGCCUCGAGCGGCAAGGACCGCCACAGCAAGGUCUACACGGCCAAGGGCAUCCGGGACCGCCGCGUCCGCCUCUCCGUCGCCACCGCCAUCCAGUUCUACGACCUCCAGGACCGCCUGGGGUACGACCAGCCCAGCAAGGCCAUCGAGUGGCUCAUCAAGGCCGCCGCCGCCGCCAUCGACAAGCUGCCCUCGCUCGACGCCGCCGCGGGGUUCCCCGCCCACCCGGCCUCCGCCGCGGCCAAGGACCAGCACCACCGCACCCCGCCGGAUGCGGAUGCGGACGCGCCGCCGGACGCCGACCACCACCAGCACCAGCAGCAGCAACUCACGAGAUCGGGAUGCAGCAGCACGUCCGAGACAAGCAAGGGCUCCGUCCUCUCGCUCUCCCGCUCCGAGAGCCGGGUCAAGGCAAGGGAGCGCGCCAGGGAGCGGAGCGCCGCCGCCAGGGACAAGGACAAGGACCCCGCCGCCGACGACGCCGCCACCACGGGGAGGCGCGCCGCGCCCACCACCUCCUCGGCGCAGGCGGCCUCCUUCACCGAACUGCUCACGGGGAUGGCCGCGGCCACGGCGGCCGCCGGCUCCGCCCCCGCCGACCACAAGCAGCAGCAGUCGCCCCCCUGGCAGCCAAUGGCUGCCCCCGCGAUCGCCGACUACAUCGGGUUCGCGCAGCCCCGGAAGGCCGCCGGACACGCGAUUGCGCACUCCUUCGCCUCCCCGGCUCCCCAUCUCGCCAACAUUGCGCCGAUCGCCAUGGCCCCGGCGCAGCACUUCGGCUUGGCGAGCGGCGCCGUCACCGUCGCCUCUGGCGGCGGCGAGCCGCACGCGGAGAUGACGCAGUUCUCGUUCUUGCAGGACCACUACAUGCCCGUCCACGCCGCGCCGGCCUCGGGUCCCGCCGGCGACUACAACCUCAACUUCUCCAUGUCCUCGGGUCUUGUGGGUGUCAACAGUAGGGGGACCCUUCAGUCCAAUUCGCAGCCGCACAUCUCCGGCCACCACCACCAGCACCACCAGCUCCAGAGGCUGUCUACUCCACUGGACGCUCCCAACAUACCCUUCCUGUUCAGCCCGGCCGCCGCGGUGACCACGCCCGCCACGGCGGAGAGCCAGUUCGCCGCGUUCCAGCUCUGGAACGGGUUCCAGCACGCAGACAUGAAGGAGAAGGGCAAGAACUGAUUGACAGCUGCCCAAUGCCGCGCAGUGCUUUCCGGAUGGAUGUGAAGACAUCAAAUAAUUGCAACCUGUCCCCACAAGCACCAUCCAUUGCUUGAAGCGGCUAGCGCUUUUGGGAUGAUUCCUGACAUUCUUGGAAGCAGAUCAUCCUUCAGACAUCUACCCUGGUCAUCACUGGAGAACCUCGUCGUUGUUACUCUGACAACCAUCCGCAUUUUUUACCCGCCUGCUGUUGUAUUCAUUUUGUGGAGGUGAGAUUUUUCGGAGAAUGACUUGCUGGAGUGCCCUGUCAGAAAGCAUUGUAAUCCUUUCCAUUCUAAACUCUCCCAAUGGAUGGAUUCGGCUCUUGAUUGGCACUUUCAAGUUCCAGGGAUCAGUUAUCUGGGCCAUUUUUAUGGUUCUCUGGUUGUGUGUUGUGCGAGAGAAGUGAGAGGAUUCAUGAUUUGAUCCAUCAGAUGAAGUCAUCUGUGGUCAAAGUCUGUUCCCCUGUUGUGUGCUGAAUACAAUGCUCUAAUGAGAGUCUGAGAUGUAAAUUUAAUUUUCUUUUUUUUUUUUGCAGUGAUUAUUUCGUAUUGCUCCCUGAUUUAUGAGAAGCUAGUAUUGGAUGUC